UGUGAGCCGCGGCGCGGCGCACUCGAAGCCCGCGCGCAGAGGAUCAUCGGUCGAUGCCGCUGAGGAGGGCGGCCAUGGCGGUGGCGCUUGCCCUCGCGAUGACCGCCACCGCCACGUGGUCCCCGCCGCGCCCCGCGGUCGCGGCUCACGUGGCCGUCGCGGUGAGGAAGCCGCCGCGGGGUCAGCGGGCGUCGAGCGGAAGCGAACGCGGCUACAGCGAGUCCACCUCCACCUCCACCUCCAGCGACACCGCCCGCGGCUCCCACUACCACGCCACGGCCGCAGCCGCCGGCGGAGGGAGCAGAAUGGAGGCCUCCGGUCUCCGGGCGAGCUUCCGCGAGGUCCUUCUCAGCCGCCGCCGUAAUCUCCAAGUGCCUCUCACGGUGGAGCGCGGGAGCCCGGUGAAGGACCCUCUGUACCAGGGGGGGACGGCGACGGGGCGGAGCGAGGCCAUGGAAUCAUGCCCGAGGAAGGAGGUGGGGAACUUGAAGGAGAAGCUGGUUGAAGAAAACUUCUACCUGAUCACUGAGUUAGGUGAACAAGGGCGUGUACCUGUGCUUCUUCUGAAACUUAACGACACAGCCCCUAAAAGAAAACCAGUUAUUGUAUUCCUACACAGCUCAUACAAAUGCAAAGAAUGGCUGUGUCCACUGCUUGAGGCAUAUGCCUCCAGAGGCUACAUUUCUGUUGCCAUUGAUUCUCGUUAUCAUGGUGAAAGGGCUAGCAAUAAUACCACUUACAUAGAUGCACUAAAAUCAGCUUGGAGGAAUGGGGAUACAAUGCCUUUUAUUUUUGACACGGUGUGGGACUUGAUAAAGCUUGCAGAUCAUCUCAGUGAACGGGAGGAUGUUGAUCCCUGUAGGAUUGGAAUUACUGGUGAAUCACUUGGAGGAAUGCACGCAUGGUUUUCUGCUUUUGUGGAUACACGGUACAGUGUUAUUGUUCCUAUAAUUGGCAUUCAGGGAUUUCGAUGGGCCAUAGAUAAUAACAAAUGGCAAGCUAGAGUCGAUAGCAUCAAGCCUCUAUUUGAAGAGGCAAGAAUUGAUCUAGGGAAGAGUGAAAUAGAUACAGAAGUUGUACAAAAGGUGUGGGACAAAAUAGCACCUGGUCUGGACUCACAAUUUGAUGCGCCCUUUUCAGUCCCUAUGAUUGUGCCACGUCCAUUGCUCCUCCUCAAUGGUGCUGAAGACCCUCGGUGCCCAGAACCUGGUUUGCAGGAGCCUGUUUCCAGAGCUGCUAAGGCUUAUGAAGAAGUUGGUUCUGCAGAUAAAUUCACGUUCAUUGCAGAGCCAGGAAUUGGCCACCAAAUGACAGCAAACAUGGUGAAGGAAGCCAGCGAUUGGUUUGAUCGGUUCCUUUAGAGAGUUCUGUAUAUGUUCCGAAUACCAGCUAGCUAAUAAUACAAUACAUCGUGAGGGAAGGGCACAUACUCUACAAUAAGUUGUCUCCUUUUAUAACUGCUUCUAUUGAAUAUAUGGCUGGAAUUUGGCCCAAAAUCAUGACCA